GGCUUGUUUGUUGAACGGUCGACCGCCGACGUCACACUGAAGCCCUUCGAACGACCCUUACAUGGCUGACCUGUUGCACAGGCUGCCUCUGCUGGUCCUCGUCGUCGUGCUGCUUCUCGUCGUUGUCUUCUUCAACGUGUGUUUCGUGGGCCUCGUUCCGCUCGCGGCUCGCAGAAGGAGAUCUUCGAAGAAAGCCGACAGGAUAGAUCGACGACUAGGCAACGGCAGACCGGCAUGCACGACCUCCGGAUCGAGCAAUCGGCAACACAGUGCGGGGUCUGUGGCGAAGCGGCCGUACAACCCGAGUUUGUAUGCACAACUGCCUUCUCACGAGAUUCCUCUGCCUCCGUCGGAUGACGAGGGGGGAGACGCCACGUCGUCGACUUUGCCGUCGAGAAGUGGGUCGACGCAGGAAUGGGCGGCGACGCAGUCGCGCGGCGGCAGGCGGGUGGAGACCCCGUGGUCUUACACGUCACUGCUUAACGAGGGGCUGUGCGACGAUGACGGCAAUGCAGCGGUUGAUCUCAGCUUCCAGUUGUCCAACAGCAGCGGAGCAGCAGCAACGCACACUCAGAUCAUCAAUCCCCACCCGGGUGUCGAUUGUGCGAACAACACGCACGAUGGUGUAUGCGGACCGCGAGACGGCGGUCUGCCUCAAUCGCUUCGUGAAGGUGGUGGUAAUCGGAAUGAGUCGACGUCCACCGAGGAGUCGGUGCGCGUGAACGUCCGGAGUGGAUGCGGUUGUCACCUGCGUCGCGAAGCGGAGCCGGCGCUCCUCCUCGACAACAGCGGCCGGAGGGUUUGCGUGAGGAAGGUGCGGACUUGCACCGCGACGGGAGGCAGUUGUGGGCAGAGUGCAGGCAGACCUUGCAUCAACGUGGAACGGAGACAAUCACGAGAGGGGUGCAACGGCUCCACUCGGACGAAGCGGACGAAGCUGCUGUUGAGGAGGCCCAGGGGUGUGACGACGUUGACCGUGACGACAAUUGCAACUCCGACGAUUUGCCAAACAUUAGGCCGCUGGGGAGGAAGGCGACGAACGGCGGAGUGGCUGCGAGGAAGGGUCCCGCUACGAAAAUCCAUGGGCGUGACGAGGGAGGCCGUCGACUGCGGGAAGAAAUGGGACAACUUGAUGCAGCAAUUCAAGAAGGUCCACAAGUUCCAGAACCUCUCCGGCUGGAAAGACUACUUCAAGCUUGCAUCAAAGGCCAGGCGAUCGGAGGGCUUCAGCUUCGUCAUGGACCGGAGCGUGUACGAUGAAAUAGAGGCCAUGACGAAGGGGGAUCACACGAUCCACCCGAAAAAUUUGGCAGACAUGGGGGCGGCCGGUGGGGUUCAGAUGCGUGCAGGCGCGGGGGCUGCAGGGGACACAAUGGCCACCGACGGUGGAGGGGAGGCAGCCGACGAGGAGCAGGGGUCGACGAAAGACUCCACAUUCAGCGCGAGGAGCGGCGGCGGUUAUGGGAAGAGGAAGAACAUGCGGCAACAAACCUUUGAGGUCGUCGCCGAGGUCAUGGACAAGCAUGGUGCGCUUAUGGCGAGUACAAUGGACAGCGCGAGAAAGCGGCAAUGCUUGAUGAUGUUACGUCAGUGCGAAAUCUUGGAGAGCGAAGUGGAAGUGCAGAGGGAACAUUAUGCUGUUGCGGAUGAGGCAAACAGAAUGAUGUCGGCGCACACGGUGCACAGCGACGAGAUUUACGAGGGACACCCUCUGCCUUUUCUCCUCAUCGUCGCACCGCAAAGCCACUACAAAGUCACCCGUUUCUUCAAAGUCAUCAUCGUCUUGGAUUUCUUCAAAGUCUUCAUUGAUCAUCGUUGUGGAUCUUGUCGCUCUCCUUCUCGCCGCGGAUCGUUCUCGCCGCAGAUCCGUAUCGCCCCUUCGGAGGUGCGUCCUUUAGUCGAGAAGAUCUUCUUCUUGCCGCGGAGCAGUGUCCGAAGGGUUCAUCUCCUUCUCGUCCGGGACUUCUUGAAUGUCGUCGUCAAUCAUCGCUAUGGAUCUUGUCGCUCUCCUUCUCGCUGUGGAUCCUUCUCGCCGUGGAUCCGUAUCGCCCCUUCAGAGGUCCGGCGUCGCUUGGUCGUGAAGAUAUUCUUCUCGCCGCGGAGAAGCGGCACCCGUGGCAAGAAGGGGGAAAACAUCCCCGCGGACACUCAGGGGCGGGAAAGGGGUCGGCGGCAUGUCCCCAAGGCGAAGAGGCUCCAUUCGGAAGAAGCAUCAGCAAGCCUGCCUCUUCAACGAGGACGAAGUUGGGCGACAGCCAACGAAGAGGAAGAUGACGACGUAUUCACGAUGGAGGAGGAAGCAGCAGAGGACAACGUGCCGGCGCCUCGGGGAAGCAGUCUUCAACGCUCAUCUGAUCAGAGCGGUGCGAGGAGAUUGUUGACGCCUCCUUCGGGAGCGCAACAAAUGCGUGCUCACAACACCACGAAGGCGAAGGAGGUCGUCGUCGACGUCGGCGGCGAGGACGACGAGCCCUUGGAAAGCGGCAGGCCGGAGGACGACGACAUGGCGGCGCACCAGGAGGCGACCGUUAUAUGCAUCGCGCAUGCUUUUCGCGCCGCGGUGCAAAUGGGUGGCAUCAUCGACGGCGGGUUCAUCUCGCACGAUCGUCUGUCUAGAGUUGCGGAUUGCUUCAGACUUUUGUUGGCUGCCUGCAUGUGGUUGAUGCGCAUGGCGGGAGACGAUCCGUGCAGCCACUACGAAGCCUUUUACUUCGCGAAGCUGGUCGCGAAGCCCACGCUCGUCGCGUCCAUGCAUCGCGCCUUCGAUCAUCGAUGGUCCAUCAUCCGAGCCACGAACGCCGUGACGGAGAGACUAGGGAAGGCGAACGCCACCUUCGGAGAGUACCCGAAGUACAUCCCUGACUGGGCUUCCUGCGGCAUCGUCUUCGGGCACGAUGCGACCAUAACGGGGCCAGAGGACGCGAAGAGGAGGGAUUGGUUGGGUUCGGGCCCCUUGGAGGACGACGACGACGACGAUGGAAAAGAGGACACGUAGGGGGGAGGUAGGGUGGGAGAGGGUGUUGCUGGUGCUAACACGUGCAGCGCGGGAGAGGGUACGCGAACGGGUCUCGUGUUCCGGCGUGGGUAAGGGAAGUGGAGAGGAAAGAGCGCUUGGCGGCGUCCGAGACGCAGGUUUGGUGGCGCCGCUUUACGAU